AUGCAGCACAGAGACAUUAUGGACCAGGGCCCAAACACCCGAUACGGUGACAUCAGCUUUGAAGACGAGCAACUAAGAGAUGUAGGAUAUCCAGAUAAAAGCAACUACGGUGCUUAUGACUAUUCUUUUCCGUUCAGCGAUCAACCUUUUCAGCCUCUUUAUGUCAAUGCCAAGCAGCUCAACUGGAUUAAGAAAAGAAAGUCAAGAAGAGACAUCCUAGAUACACUUAUGAUAACAAACAAGAGAAACUAUUUGCAUGAAAGUAGACAUAAACAUGCUAUGAAAAGGCUGAGAGCUCCCUCAGGUAGGUUCUUGACAAAGGAAGAGACAGAAGAGUUGAACAGAAAAAACAACAUCAACUAA